CAGUACUAGCAUGAACACGAAUCCUAAAGUCUCUCGCCUUCUUUACCCAUCGGCUUCAUCAUAGCUGGGGUUGUGAGGCUUGCGAGGCAUGCGGAAGCAGUCGAAAGUGAUGCUGAAGAGAAAACCCUAACCGAGGCGGAAAGAGAGGAUUCGACCGUCGGCACCACGGAUGAUGGCUUCGGUGAUCACGGCUUCUUCCGGUUCGAUGUACCUGGUCACAAGUAAAAUAAUAACUCACUGUAGCUGUAGAACCUUUGACCAUCAUGGCUUCUAUCCUUCUUCAAAAUACCACUUAAAGCGGCAACCUAUAAGACAUUCAAUAAUAAAAUUGCAAGCUGCUGGAAACUUUGCUCAACCAAACAAAGCUACUAGUUAUUUCAAAGAUUUGGCAGAUAGGAUAUGGGAGGCCUCUCCUAAAUCGCUCAAAGAGUUUCCUUGGGAAGAAGCUAAAGAUAUGGUUCUUCGCCAAUUGUUCUUUCUUGGAAAAAAGGCUCUCAGGUGGUCCUUCAUUGGGCUGUAUGCUAUAAGCUUUUUAUCGGACAUAUCUCUUGCUAUCUCAAGAGAUAGAGAACUUCUUGUACCAAUUGGCCUGUUUGUUGGUGUAGCAUUGGCAGAUUUCAUAAAGGAAUCCUUGCAAGAGUUUUUGAAAAGUCGCAUAGAGGAUGGAGACCCUAAUACAAAUCUUCUGGGCAUUGGAUCAUUUUUUGUGUUUGUUAAGUUUGUUUCUUUGUGCUUCAAACUGCAAGGUAAGGUGCUUCUUUCGCAUAUUGGCAAUGGUGGACUGAUGCAAGUUCUGUGGUUGGUGAGAAAGUUGCAGCAGACAGAUGAUAUCAAGAAUCAGAACGCACGGUCGACUGAUGCAAGUACUGUGGUUGGUGAGAAAGUUGCAGCAGACAGAUGAUAUCAAGAAUCAGAAUGCGCCGUCGGUCAACGGUCCCAGUCCUACCAGUUUAAUUAAUAAUACCUACAAGCCUUUUCUUUGAGAAAAAUUCUCUCUUGAGUUUGACAACAAGAACAAGAUUGUUGUUCUUUGUUAUGUGAUUUAUGGAUUGAGGAGGUUAUUGUACUCAACAUACGAUAGUGUGGCUCAGAGAAAUCAAUCAACUUUUUACCUAGUUCUGCACCCUGUAAGAUCUAUCAGUAGUGAGUUGACCCCUGCAUCUUACAUGUAUUUGUUUAGCAUUGUUUUCAAAAAUUUAUCAAGAUAGGUUGUACUCCCUA